GAACGCUGAAGAAGGAGGCGGAGGGAGAGUUAAUUGAAUCCUGCAAUAACUAUUCAGUGUCAGCCCUGGUAGGACAACAUGCCUGCUGUGGACAAGCUGCUGUUGGAGGAGGCCUUGCAGGACAGCCCUCAGACUCGGUCCCUGCUGAGUGUAUUUGAGGAAGAUGCUGGAACACUGACUGAUUACACAAACCAGUUACUCCAGACCAUGCAACGGGUCUACGGGGCACAGAAUGAAAUGUGUUUGGCGACACAGCAGCUCUCCAGCCAACUCCUUGCCUAUGAAAAACAGAACUUUGCAUUGGGAAAAGGCGAUGAAGAAGUGAUCUCUACUCUACAAUAUUUUGCAAAUGUGAUUGAUGAGCUCAAUGUCCUUCACACAGAACUUGCAAAACAGCUUGCUGACACUAUGGUAUUGCCUCUAAUACAGUUCCGUGAAAAAGACCUGACCGAAGUAAGCACAUUAAAAGAUCUUUUUCUCCUUGCUAGCAAUGAACAUGAUUUGUCUAUGGCAAAGCACAGCAGGCUACCAAAAAAGAGAGAAAAUGAAAAGUUGAAGGCUGAGAUUGCGAAAGAGGUGGCCAGUGCGAGGCGCAAACAGCAUCUAUCAUCCCUCCAGUACUACAGUGCCUUAAACGCUCUUCAAUACCGAAAGAGGACGGCAAUGCUUGAUCCUAUCCUUGGAUACACUCAAGGACAGAUUACAUUUUUAAAGAAAGGAUCUGAAAUGUUUUCUAGAAAAAUGGAUGGUUUCCUAUCCUCCGUAUCCAGUAUGAUUCAACGGAUACAAAAGGAGCUGGAUACAGAAGCUGAAGACAUGAGACUCACCCAGCAGGAGUUGCUGUCGGGGAGCGAUUUACUAUAUACCCCGGACUAUGACGUGGCCAGUCCUGUUAUUAACAGAAACCUUAUACAGAAGGCUGGCUAUCUCAACAUGAGAGUUAAAACUGGACUGGUGACCACAUCCUGGGAGAGAUUGUACUUCUUCACUCAAGGUGGGAACCUGAUGUGUCAACAUCGAGGGGAAGUAGCCGGGGGCCUGAUUCAGGACUUGGACAAUUGCUCCGUCAUGGCCGUAGACUGUGAAGACAGACGGUAUUGUUUCCAAAUCACUGCUCCGAACGGCAAAUCGAGUCUUAUUCUCCAGGCUGAAGGAAAACGGGAAUAUGAAGAGUGGAUUUCUACUAUCAACAAUAUUUCCAGACAGAUCUAUUUAACAGAUAAUCCAGAGGCUGUGGCCAUCAAAUUAAACCAGACUGCAAUGGAGGCUGUCACCCCCAUCACCAGCUUUGAAAGGAGAUCUGAAAGUUCACAGCCCAGUCAUGUCUCCAGUGAAACUAUAAAGCCUGUGGUACAAAAUGAGAGCCAUCGCCAGCCAGCUGAAGAACCUGUACAUGAAACUGAGCCCGAACAGUUAAUAGCCCCUGGAACACCCAUUCAGUUUGACAUCGUUUUGCCGGCCUCGGAGUUCCAGGACCAGAACCGAAGCAGCAGACGCACAAAUCCUUUUGGAGAAUCUGAAGAUAAAACUGACAAUUCUGACGAAGGUUUACAUUUGCAACAGAUGUUUGUAGUCCGUUUCUUGGGUUCAAUGGCCAUAAAUUCCGACCAAAGCAAGAAGGUUAUAUUUGAGGCCAUGAGACAGGUGUUGGCUGCACGAGCCAUUCAUAAUAUAUUCCGCAUGACAGAAUCUCAUCUGAUGGUAACCAGUAAUAACAUCAGAUUAAUAGAUCCACAAACGCAAGUCACACGAAUCAGUUUUGAUCUUGAAAAUAUCACGCAAUUUGCAGCACACCAAGAGAAUAAAAGACUGUUUGGAUUCGUGGUCUGUGUUCCUGAAGCUUCAGGAGAAGACUCUCUGAGUGCUUAUGUUCUAGAAUGUAAUACAGAGGGUGAAAAGAUUUCUUAUGCAUUUAGCUUGGGGAAAGAAAUUGCUGCUGCACAGAUGGAUCCUGAAGCACUGGCACAGCUUAUGUCCUCUGUUCCACUAUCGAACGAUGGAAGAUUUGUUUUGUUAAAGGACCAGUCGGAGGAGAAUAUCAGAAGUGUGAAUGAAACUGAAGCACUGGAGUCUGAAGCAUAACAUCUCCAUGUUUACAUCUCAAACACAUUCAUUCUUCGUAUACAUUCUUACUAUUUUAAUAUUCUAAACUAUUUUUGGUAGAGACUUGUGAGAUGUGGUGAAGCCUAUGGUUUUAUUUUAAUCAUUAAGGGGUAGUAGAAUGUGAGUGAAUGGUACUAGCUAUAAAACAUUUUGAUUGCACUUCGGGAUGUUUACUUCUGUAAAAAUGUAAUGCAUCAAUUCAUUUAAUUCCCUAACCAAAAAAAAGUAUACAUUUUGUUUUGCAGAGAUCCGGUAUGCACACCGGAUAAAUCUGCGAGAUUUAUUCAUUCAGUUAUCGUGCUUGUAUUUCAUCUGCUGCUGUGCAUGCAUUCAAUGAAGGGUCUCCUCUCAUCUAUUCUAUGUUAUUUAAAGAGAACCAAUCUGGCACACAAAAUGAUGUAAUAACUUGCCCAGCUUUUAUUACCAGGCCAAUGGGUAUCUUCAGCAAAGGGCACCCUGAUUUUCAAAAAAAAUUUUUGGUAGGUCUCCCAUACAAUGUAUUUAUUACAUUUUAGGGCAGGCAUAGGCAAUCUUCAGCACUUCAGAUGUUUUGGGCUACACCUCCCAUGAUGCGUUUUUUUUUUUUUUUUUAAAGAAUUAUGGGUGUAAGUGCAUUUAGGGGGAAGUGAAUAUAGUCAACCGCUAGUGGCAUCACUUUAACCGAAUGGCUCUUGUUUAUGUGCAAUAGAAAUUGUUCAUAAUUAUUUCAAAAACAUUUAUAUGAUUAGACUUUAUAUACAAAACAGCCCUGCAGCUGAAAUACUGCAAAUAGAUGUGAGUCUCACUAACACUGCAGAGACCAGGACAACAACUCGAACCUUCGAUUGGCUCGGAGGAUACAGAUAUCAUUUGGAUUAGAAGUUUGCAGUGUCUGGUUUAAUGGCUCUUCUAGUGCAUUCAUGAAAAUGCUAAAUUGACACAAACCACAAACGUUACAAGAUUUAGUUUAGUAUGUUUUACUAAGCCAUUACAUUUUGGGGUAUACUUCCCAUUUAAACCUUGCUUAUUUACACAUUUUAGUAACAAUAUUAAAUUAACUAGUAACUUAAUGAUCUGUAUGUUUCACAUAUUACAGUAGCAAUGUACACUUUUUUUUUUCCUUCUCUAACUAUACGUGAAAUAACCCAACUUUAAAUAUAAUCUAUUUUUAUAUUUCAUUGCAACUAAAUGUAGAGUAUAAUUAUUAAGUGCCUGACACGUUCUGAAAUAUUGGCAAUGAAACUAUAAUUUGAUGUUUUAAUCCAGUGGGGUUUUUAUAUUAAAAUGCUGACCGAGAGAUAAAGUAGAAAAAAACAAAACACUAAACUAAAAUCUAGUAAACCAUCGCUGACUGGCAUAUUUUCAUAUAAUAAUCACGGUUAUUUCCUAAAGUGUGAACUGCCGGGAAUUUUAAGAAAACUGUACAUUUUACAUCAAAAUGUAAAAUUCAAAGUCAGCUAUAUUUUCAAUUAGAGUUUUUGGAUUCAAAUUUUACUUUCACUUUUGAAUAGACAAUUCAGAUUUUAGUAAAUGACUGUGGUUUUCAUUAACGGAGACACAAAACUCACCAAGGAGGAGAUUUUCUAUUUUGUGUUUAUUUCCGAUGAGGUAUUUAUUGUGUCUGACAUGCAUUUGUGCUCCUACCAUCCACUAACCCUCCGAGAAGCAGAGUUCAGUUGCCAUACGACAAUUCGUUCUCUUGGUGAUGGCGUUAUUGCUGACUAUAUAGCUAUAUGUGUCAGGAUCACACAUCAACUUAAAAUGUAAUCGGAGCACUCCAAUAUAUACCUCGGCUGUAGGUGGUCAAAGCUCAUACCUCCCAACUGUUCUGGUUGGUAGAGCCAUACCAAAUUCAGGUUUCUGUCAAGGGUUUGUGAGCUUGUGUUCUCCAUCUGAGGACACCAGAUCCAUGUCUCCAGUCCGCACAGCACUAGACCCAAAUGUACUAUGCCAAGUGUUCUUAGAAAACUACUGAAGUGCUAAAUAAGUGUGGGCAGCCCUGAGCAAGACCUGAUCAAAUGUCAAUCUGACAUUUACCAUUUGAAACUGAGCCGUCCCAUCACCACCUUUGUAGCCCACCCAUCCCCGUUACCAGGUGCCAUAGUUGGCAGGUAUGUAAGGCUGCAGCAAAAAAAAAAAAUAAGUUCAUUUUACCAGGCUCCACUAGUACAAGAUAGCCAUCUGCAGUCAAAUCUUUAAAGGGUUACUAUAACCCUUUUGCGAGGUGGGACCUUUCUGGUGUACAAUGCCUUACUGAGCAUUAUGGGGAAUGCCCCCAUAUCACAAUUUUUUUUGAAACACUUUUAGGAGAAAAAAAAAGUUUUACAUACAUUCAAUUCAGUUCCGGGCGAAGCUCCAAGCGCUGCUCUUCCACAUAAUCUCUUGAUAUCACUGGUGCCACAUGUGGUCCAAUCACAGGACUUUUAAGUAUGUGAGUAAACCAUUUUGCCGGCAUAGAGCACAUACGCAUACUUCAGGCUGGGGAGGAGGGAGAGGAUUAUAAGAACAAAAAAAAAAAAAAAACAGAGCAUGGUGGGAGGGAAGAACUAGAUUCCCCUUUUAGGUGCUCUGCCUGCAAGUGCAAGUCUUAUCACCAUGUAAUGCGCUCUGACAACAGACGUAAUUUAUGCACAGAAUUGACAUUAGGCAGCCCGGUACAAAGUUCUGGCCUGCCUAAGUUAUAUAUGCUGUGGGUGCAACUUGCCUUCACACACAAUUACAGAUAUCUCAGUAUGUACAACCAGACUCUUAUGACUAUGAGCACUUCAAAUCACUGAAGUGGUCGUGGUGAUUGGAGUUGCCCUUUAAUUCAUCAGUAUUGGAGUGCAUUAGGAUCCUUGCUCCACAUGUCAUACAUCUUGUAGGGAAGAAGCAGAAAUUGCUAAAUCUAGUUUAAAACCAAUAAUUCUGUAUGACAUUUUAUUUAAAAUGAUAGGGAUAACAGCUUGUUAGAGACGUUACGUGUUGGGUAGGGUUUUCCCAAUAACUGCUAGGUUGGGUGAAUGAAAUAUCCAUACUACAAAAACAUUUUAUAUUGUUCCAUUUGUAAUAUGAAUAAAAUAUAUAUAUAUUGUUUACUCACCAUAAGCAUUCUAGUGUACGCAGUGGCGUAGUGUGGGGUGGUUGCCUUGGGCGCAAAAUUCUUAGGGGAGCAAAAUUUAAAAAAUAAAAUAAAAAAGUAGUAGUAAUGCAUUUUAAAAUUAGCUUGCUUUCCCCUCAAACAGAAAAUCUCUCAAUGUUUGAAUAUUCUGCAUAGUUUUCCCAACAUGACAGAGCAAAUAAACAAUGCCAUGUAACAUUUUACAAAUGAAUUACAGCCAUACUGUCCUCAUGUAAUCCAUGUUGGUGUGUUACAUAGUACCAAUUUACUGCCGGUAUCUUCAAAUGCAAAAUCACACAAUUUAUAGCCAUUAUGUAAAUGUCGAUUAUAGGGCAUCAUUCCAGUACGCUGGUAAUGUGCGCCUAGAAAGCCUCGCUCCACUAUCCCAGGUAGGGACUUGUAGACGGCUAAUGGUCCAUGGGUUAGGGGGGCAAUACUUGCCUUGUUUCUGGCACUAGCAACCCAUGCUACGCCACUGAGAGUAGGCCGCACCUUUUUGGGCUGGUAGCGCCACAUUGUCCAGAUGAAAAUGAACCUGGACUCAUGCUACAUGUUGUAGAAAAAUGGAAGAAGCGAUUAAGGACUUUAAAGAGUUAUAACCAUUGUGGUGCCUGCACUUUUAAAAUGAAUAAAGUGGUGUUUUAUGAAUCA